CUAAACCAAACCAACCAACUAACAGAAACCAGAUACAUAAAUUACGGGGGCUCAAACACUCAAAUAAUCCGCAAAAAAAGUUAUGUACAAUGGGCAAUAAUGGCGAUACAGUGAUCAUGGCGGGAGUAAAGGUUUUGAGGAACGCGAAUUCUCAUAAGGUGAUUAAGAGAGAAAUGUGGUCAAGGGCAUCAACGAUAUCCGGUGCUGUCCUGGAUAUCAUCGAAGACGCAGAGAAGAACCUGAAGGUUCCACGAGUGAAGUCAUGGUUUCAAGGCAUUAAAGAUCUAUGCUAUGAGUUAAUUGGUGUUUCAGAAGAAUUUGAGCUACUGCAACAGGCGAAGAAGUUACACUUUCUAGGCCUCCCACUCCUCCAACGCCGCAAGGAGGGAAACCGUGAGGCGAGCAGCAUCAUUAUUCGUGACUUUGAGGACUUGAUUAAAGAAGUCAGCGAGUUGCAACUUAGUUCGAGUCCGAAUUCAGUACCCAACGAGGCUGAGCAACUUGGUUCGAGUUCGGAUCCAGCACCCGACGAGGCUGAGCCGGAGCCAUUAGAUCUGCAUUCGCCCGCAGUUCCCUCAAAUGACGAAGAACCCAUGAUUGGUCGAGAUGCUGAAAUUCAAGACUUAAUUAGAAAGUUGACUAAGGAAUCUCAUAGAUGCAUAUGUCUUGUUAGAGAAGAGGUUGGAAUGGGAACGACCGCGCUGGCUCGACAUGUCUACAACAGUACUCAAGUGAAAAGUAAAUUUCAUUUCAUGGCAUGGGUAACUGUCUCUCAACAAUUCAAUGUGAAGCGAAUUGUUAAGUCUAUGCUGGAAUUCGCUCCUGAAACACCAGAGAAAUACGCCGGCAAUGAAUUUGAAUUAUUGAAACUUGAGCUUCAUAAGUUCAUAGAGGACAGGGAACUCCUUCUUGUUCUGGAAGACGUCAGCAACCUAUAUUCGAACCACUUGUCAGAUCUAAUGAACGUGCUUCGUAGUUCCUUUCGCAGAAUUUUGAUUAUCUAGAGAUUCUGGACGGGAAGGCGAGGGCGCCUUGAAAUGCAAAUUGAAGAAAGAAAUGCAUGAAUUUAUCCAAGAUCUUGCGCGUAACGAAUGCCGCAUAAUGCUUCCUGGUGAAGAGUCCGGAGACAACGACGCUGUAACAGAGCCUGCUCGUUAUCGUCAUUUUACCCGUCAUUGUACCCUGUAUCUUGAAGAUCAAACCUCUUUCCUAGAUUCAAUUGACAAUGGAGGUAAACUCAAGGCAGAUAAACUACACACUCUAAUGGUUUUGUCCAAGUUUUCCGACAUGGAUCCAACAAAUCUUGCCAACAGUCUACCUCGUAUGAAGAGGAUCAGGGCGUUGGAUUUGAGCGAUUGCCCAAUAGAAAAGCUUUCAUUGAAGGCAACUGAACUGCUACAUCUAAGGUACCUUAACCUGUCUUUCAAUCAUAAGCUAAAGAAGUUGCCUUCUGAAAUAAGUAAUUUGCUUAAUUUGCAAACUUUAAAUCUCAACGGAUGUAAAAGUCUUCAGAAACUGCCAGAAAGUAUAGGCAAAUUGAUCAAGUUGCGGCAUCUUGAGAUUCUCUGGACAACAAGCCUUAGCUACCUACCAAAAGGGAUUGCAACCUUAACCUUGUUGAGAACCUUAAAUCGAUUCUUCGGGAGCAGUGGUGGUGCUAGCAGAAGCAAAGCAUGCAGUCUUGGAGAUUUGGAAAAUCUAAACAAUAUCGAAGGAUGUCUUACCAUAGAUGGAUUGGGUGGUAAAAGUCGUAAAACUGAAAUUUCUGAAGCUACAAGAGCUGAUCUAAAGAACAAGGAAAAUCUGCUUGGCUUGGAACUGUGGUUUUCUAUGGUAGGAUCGAAGGCCAACGAUCAAGUCCUACUUGAUAGCUUAGAAGCACCUCCUCAAUUGCAAUCCCUUGGAAUAUUUGACUACGGAGGAAGUUCAUUCCCCAACUGGAUGAUGGAAUUGAACAAACUAACACACCUAAAGCUUCAUAGAUGUAGUGAAUGCAAAGUUUUGCCCCCUUUAGGGAAACUCCCAUUCCUUGAAUCACUUGAGAUCACGAAUAUGCCUAAUGUGAAGAUAGUAGGUGUCGAAUUUCUGGGAAUAGGAUUAAACCAUGAGGAUGCUGUCAACGAAGGCUCCUCACCUGAUGCAGUUGCAUUUCCCAGAUUGAGAAAGCUUCACUUCAUAAAGUUGGAUGAGUGGAAAGGAUGGACUGGAAUCAAUGUUAAUGGUGGAGACAAGAAGAUUAUGCCUCAACUGUCUUCUUUGUCAGUUGUAAACUGUGAAAAGUUAGAAUCACUUCCUGACUACAUAAAGAAGAAGGAAAAUCUGAAACCAGUUAUUGAAGGAUGUCCUUUGCUACUAGAAAACUAAAAGGCGCAAGAAUAGAUGAGGAGCUUGGAUUUCAAGAAACAAAGCAGAUUAAGGUCCAGUUUAGUGUGUUCAAAAUCUGCAACCACUGUGGAGUCUCCAAAUAAUGUUGCACAGAUGUGGGUUUUCAACUUUUCUGUGCUUUGUAUUAAAAAGGCUCUUAAGAAGUUGAAGAUGGAAGGUCUCUGGGGUCUGGUGCCAAAAUUAAAGUUCAGUUUCUCAAUAAAUUGUUUCCAGAGAAUAUUGCACAGAUGUGUGAUUUCAACUCAGUUUGGCAAACAUCUAAGUUUGAUACUAUGAUCAUGAUGUAAUAAGUUAUGGCUAUGUGCUAGCAUGACUAUUGAGUUUCCUAUUUAUAUUCUGUGAGAUUUCACUGUAAUUUUCCUCUUUUCAUGUUUGUGUUCCUCAGAGAACCUGUAAGUUAUAACACCAUGUCUCUAUAAUUUCGUAGCAUUUUCAGUUUGAAGUAAAGUUGGUGGCUGUUCUGUUUUCUUUUUUUUUU